UUCUUAUAUAUAAAUAACGAAAUCUAACGAAGUAAAAUGAUAUAUUGGCUCAUAUUUUAAAAUAAAAUAGAAACUGGAGGAAAUAAAGGCCAAUAAAACGAGCAAAGAUGUUGCAAUAUAAUUACAUAAUUUUAUUUGUUAAUAUUAAAGCUGUUUUUUUUUUCAAUUUCUUUAAAAAAAAGAGUCUACUGUAAGUAUGACUCUUUCACAAUGUAACUAAUAGUUCUACAAUCAUAUAUUUAGUUUUUUCGUUAUCGAAUGACUCUAAACUCUCUUAAAUGUUAAUGUUAUAUGUAACUAAUAGUUCUACAAUCAUAUAUUUAGUUUUUUCGUUAUCAAAUGACUCUAAACUCUCUUAAAUGUUAAUGUUAUAUGUAACUAAUAGUUCUACAAUCAUAUUUAGUUUUUUCAUUAUCGAAUGACUCUAAACUCUCUUAAAUGUUAAUCAUGUUUAGAAAAGAAUAGUAUAUAUGUAUGCUACAUUAUAUUCAAAUUUAUAUGAAUUUAUAUAAAUUCAUAUUCUGGAUAAAUCUCAUAAAAUCGAGACAUAUGUGGCGAAUCGAAUUCGGGACCGUCGAUCACAAAUCAACGUACUGGCGCACUGUGCCAUUCGCGUUACCCCGCUUCGUUAUCAAAUAAAAUUAUGUAGUCAUAUUGCGGCAUCUUCGUUUGCUCACUUUAUUGGCCCUUAUUUCCUCCAGAAAUCUAGCAAAUAGAUUCCCAUUAAGUGCUAUCAUGCAGAACGAAAGGAUUCUUGCGUGUCAAAAAGAAAGAAAGAGGACGAACUUAUUAUUGAGCUCUCUCGUUAUCGUCACGCGUGACGGUCUUUUAUCAACUGCAUGACACAACUGAACAAACGAGAUACUUUUGAGAAAUGAAAUCGUGACACCUUUCAGCCGAGCGUAUUUCAACGUAGUCCGUCGAAAUAAUCUUUAUGCAAACUACGCAAAAAUGUCAAGAUGCCAGAAUUAGCCGAUUUACGUUCCACCUCGUGACACAUACCUUCUGAGAGACGCGACGUUGCCUCGCCCAUCGAUUCGUAAACACCCGUAUGUCGCGAGACAUUUCAAAUUCUUUCGUUCACGAACGCCUAAUAUUAUAUGUUCUCAUUCACUCAGGACGUUUAUCUUAAGAGCCGAGAUCUCUUAAAAUACUCAAUGCUGAAAAUCAAAACAAUUCGCAUUCCAUGUGAAAUACUUUUUAUCUCAAAUCUAUCGAGAAAUGUCUAUGAUUGACAGCCAGCAGAAGCUGGACACACGGUACAUAAACGACGCAGUAGAUAAAUAUCGACUUUCUAGGUAAUUGCGAUGUUCUCUUAUCGAAUCUACUCGACGUAGGAAAAAAAAUCCACGUGUUUCAUUUCAAAUAUCACGUGAAGAGAUACAGUGCCCGAUAUUCGAUUCUGAACUUCGGCGGGGAAGUGCGCCGACGAGGACGGAAAGAGUUAGAAAAGAAUAGGAGGGACCGAGGGUAACCGCAUUAGCCGAUGAUACGAUGUGAAAGGUGCAGUUAAUGCAACUGCAGUCGGCCGAAGAGAUGUUGACGUUGAUCGGUGGUCUGAUCGUCGCCUAUUUCGUCUACGUUCUCAUCUCGAGGAAAAAUGACAAACCAUCUACGGAUCCGCCGGCUAUGGCGCACGCGGCGCUCAGAGAGAUCGUCGAGCGAGCCGUCGAGGAAGCUCGGAAGUUACCGGGAUUGAAUGCGUCCUCCGCGGAGGACGCAGAGCCUCCUCUAGAUGGGCGCGUCGCCGCGGACGAUAAUUACGAGGAUCUUCUCGCCACCGCGAUCCUCAAUAAGGUCAUCGAGAGAUACCAAAGGGAACGGGUCGACGGCAACAGCAACGUCGUGCACGACACAGAUUCGCCUAAAGCAAAGUAUACCGCAAACGAGAGCGAGCACGGCCUUGAGGAAGACGCGGCGAGUUACGCGUCCGACCGUCUCGAGUGCAACGGCGAUCACGGCGCGUCGAUCAGGCGGAAUGAAGAUGGUCGGAAACCGGUGUCCUUUACGAUGGAAGAGAGGAUAGAGGAGGUAACCACGAUCACGUCGGACGAUGACGAACUUCGUGACAACGGCGUCUUGGAAUUUGGAUGCACCCGGCGUGUACCGUUUCCGGAAUACGGGAUGGACAUCGUUGACCCUCCGCGAGAAUUACCCUCGCCGUCGCCAUCAUCGUCGUCAGAUUCUUCGGAUUUAAAUCGCAACGAAUAUCCGGUCAGGACGAAACGUCACGCCGCUGGUCGCACGAUGGAUAUAAUCUCGCCCAUCGAGUCCUGGGAGGACAACUGGCUGUUCCAGAAGAAGAAGCACUCCCGAACGCAGCCGGACGCGGUCGCUAUGCUGGUACCGAGCUCGAACGCGUACUACAAGGCUCUGAUCGGCGACCGGGAUGCCGAGGACACGUCCGACCUAUCCGAGUGCUCGUCCACGAAAUCCGACGAGGAGAUCGAAAAGGAACUGAUGGAGGCGAUCAACAACGUGAUUCCGAGGACUCCCAGGGUAUCCGAAAGCGACGCGGCAAAUAUCCAGACCGAGGGCAAUCAGGAGGAAGCAAACAUACCGACAACUCAACUCGGAAAGGAUGAAGUCGACACCUGCCAAGCGAAAAAGAAAACUGAAUCGAACGUGACUGUCUGCGAGGGUUUCGAUGGGACAAAUCACGAGGGAUUCUCGAAGCUCUCGGAAAUAUCGAAGAAGACAGUCGAGCGUGAAGAUGAUGAAGGGAAACGAAAUGAAAGUUCAUUUGCGUCGAUAACCGUGGCAACGGGAGACGAUAAAGCCAAAGAAAAGUCCAAGGAUACGACCGAGCGCGGCGAAAGGACGAUCGCGACUGUGGUGGAAAGUUCGGAGCAAAAGGAAAUAAAGAUGCAAUCUGAGAAAUCGAGUGAAAACAAGAGGAGCGAUCGAGGGGAAAACGUCGCCGACGAAAACGAAGAGCAACGGGAGAGCGAAUACACCGAGCACUACGACACGGCGAUCCAGAGACACCUGGACAGUUUAACGAAAGUCGAAGUUUACUCGGGAGAGAGUGAGACGGCCGUUGGGACGAGAAAAACGACGGACGAACAGCUCAGAAAAUCGGAGAACAAUUCGAUCGAGGGAACAAAAAGCGAACGUUCAGAAGCCGAAGUCCAAUUGUCUUAUGCAACGAUCGACGAGAAUCACGUCGACAUGACAAGUGAAAAUGAUCCAUUAAGCGCCCCUCCGCGGCCAGGCACAAUAGCGGAACGCGAGCACAAAAAAUGGGAAAACGCGCCGCCGAUCGAAAACAAUCCCUACAGCGAGGCGAACAUACGAAAGCGAUGCUUGGAGAGGCAGUAUUCGAGAAAUUCGGACAUUCCAGGAACCCAUUACGAGUUAACAAAGCUGAACGAAGUGAAUCUGGAGAUUCCUCCGCUCCUGACACCCGAUCGAACGGACAUUAAGCGAUUCGGCAGGGAUUACUACAUCAACCAAUCGAAGGCGGCCAGUGGAGAACGGCUGCAGGAACGGGCCAGGUCGGCGAUGUCCUCGAUGUCGAGCAGACCGAGCAGCUCGCUGUCCCAGCAGUCGAGCUGCGCCGGCGACGAGCAACACGAACGACAGGAAGAAGAACCUACGCCCAAGGAGACCGACGACGAUGUUUCGGUCCUGCAAGAGGACAAAGAGGAUACGCCGGCCUCGUGGCGCAGGAACAACGCCGAGGUAAUUAGUCCCGAAACGGAUAAUCGCGCCGUGAAUUCGCGUGCUCCCGUCGACAACGGCGACCGUCAGAAAGUCAGAGGCGAGAAAGACGACGCGCCCGAUGAGACGACGUGGACGAGCCGCACGGACGACAUUCUGGAGGAUCAGAGGAAAAACAGCAAGAACGAGAUUAACGCCAAGCUGAACAAUCAGGAGCAGCAGGGUGUCGAGGUCGAGCGCAAGGACGACAAGGAGCGUACGAAGGUGCGCAGGAUCGACCUGAAGGCGUACGGUUUCGAGAACGAGUUCUCGGAUCAGAAGCCCGUCCGGCAACAGAGAAUGGUGAACAGGCUGGACCUGAGCUCCUUCGGCUACCAGGACGGCCUGCGUCGCGCACACUCCAACAAUCAACUGGAUCAGCCAGCGUUGCGGAACAACGAGAAAUCAAACUUGACGAGACGCGCGUACAAAGCGUACCUUCACACGCUGCUCGACGCGCCGAGAUCGCUCGGCGGCUGCAAGGAUUUCGCCAAGAGCUCGAGGGGGCUCAACGAGCUGCGGGACGAGGUCGAGGAGACGAACUCGCGGCUAAUGUCCGCCAAGUCGUUGCCGAACGUCGCCGACGACGUGUGCUAUUACGCGAAUCCGGUCUACGUGAACGACACUCAGGACGAGCUGACCGCGAGGAAUCUGCUGGAUCUCGCAACGACGGAGGAACGCGACGCGAUCGUCGAGGACGACGUCUCACUGCUGAACGAUUCCGACGAAAUCUCGUCCGACGUCGACCGUACUUUCGAGGCUAUAUAUAUCAGGACCAAGACUCAGUCUCGGGAGACCGACGAAGAGCUGCGGGUGUUGCCCUCGGUGAAAAGACUCGCGGAAGCGUUCGGCAGACGGCAGACCUCCGAAAUAGCGACUGCCGUGCCCGCGAAAGUGGUGAAAAUCGAUGACGCCAAGGACAGAUCGUCCAUCCCCGAGAUACAGAUAGUCGAGACACCCAGGCAGAUGCACAGCUUGACGGCCAGAUCUCUUUCGAAGGAAUUUCGCGAGGGGCUGCGUCAAACGCCUGGAAAGUUGACGUCGCCGCCCGUCAGCCGGUCGCUGAUAGAAGAGCGAGCGACGAACCGAACGGAAGUCGUGCGAUCAAAACAAGAGGGCAACGACAUCGCCGUGAUCUCGCCCGGCAAGCUCAAAUCGAACAUUAUAUUUUGGGAGCAAAUGCAGAAAAAAAAUUAAACAGUAUUCCGAUAAAUGCCUAAUCGUUGCGGUAUUCUAAUUUUUAUAUACGAGACAGAUAGAAUAGAAAAUUAAUUUGGUCGUGAAAUCAAUUUUGUAUGUAUAUAAAAAAUAUAAAUUGGAAAUAUAUCGCGCGUAAAAUAUAUCGUAAGAAAACUCAUUGUCAGUAUGAAUUUAUACGAUAAAAUCAAGUCAAGGAGUUAAUUUGAAGAAAUAGCUAAGUAAUGUAAAUAUAAUAACUUGGUGGGAGCCGUUACCACGUCUCCUGAUUAUUGCGGGGUUCAAUGGCAAAUAAUAGUUAUUAGAGUUACGGUGAGAAAUCGCUUUAAAGUCAAGAGGUUUAUCGUCGAUAUUCGCACAUUCGUCGCGAUCGAUUUUGUAUAUUUGUAAAUGAUUUAUGUGCGUAGGAUUUUGCGCAUUUUUAAACCGAGUGGAAAUCCCGAGUGGGAACUAUGACUUCAUGCAAAGUCGAGUCGAACGUUACACUUUGGAGACAGCAUUUAUAAAAGAAGUUAAUUACUACUUAAUUAAGAGUUAAUUUGCAUUUAUAUAUACACACACACAAAGUCGCCAGCGUUGCUAUCCUUGCGAGCGGCAAGGAUAUGUUAAUGUCUGCAUCGAAAGAUAUAAUAGUUCCUUAGUGUAAAUUGAAUUUUGAGGCGUUGUAUGUUAUAUGGUAGAGUAAAUAAAUUUUUCUCGCCGCGAGCGAUAACAGGAAGAUAGCUUUACAUUAGAGAUGUAAUGAAAUUUGUGCCAAAUGGCAUCGCGAAACGACACGUUGAUAGCCAAAGAAAGCGUUGCGAACAUCGUGUUCGAGAUAAGAGACAAGUUAACCUUUUUUCUGCUUUGAUUUAUAUUUUAAAAAGCGUUAUUUCCAAAAAAUAUUGUUAAGUAUAAAAAAAGUUAUUGAAAAAA